AAGGGGGUGGGGCACGUGCAAGCCCAGCUAGCUAGCUCGUUACUGAAGGCGCCAGCAGUUGGGAAGUCAUGGGAGGGCGAGUUAUUUUAGCGAUUCUGCUUGUUUGUGCCGUUUUCGUGCUCCCAGUUAUCCCUGCCGCGGACAUCACCAUCACUGUACAACCAGGGGAUCUUGUAGUGAAAGAGAGGGAUCCGUUUACACUCAGCUGUAAAGCGUAUGUAGGUGAAAGUAGAGCCAAUAACAGUCUGCACUACUCCUGGGAGAAGGACGGGGAGCUAGUAUUGAAUGGAUCAAGACAAUUCUCAGUAUCUCAUGCUAGUACCAGUGAUGCCGGUGUGUACAUAUGUGCCGUACAGGCCCAAGAUAUACGUGGAACCAGUACAAAUGUCACAAUUACUGUUAUUGCCCCGGGUGCAGAUGAUGUUGCAAUCAUUGCCCUGAUUGUCUGCCUCAUUGCAAUUGGUGUCAUCUUCAUCAUCUUCUUUACUUCUAUUGGACUUUACAUGUGUUUGUGCAUGUCAAGAGAGGGGCAUCUGGUUACGUCCAAGUUGUGUUCCUGCGAAUCUUACAAAGGAGGGAGACAUCGUGAGCCACAAAGAGUGCCAGCUAGACUGUCGCCAUCUGUACCAAGACGGUUUACCAACAGAGACAGGUCGUAACAUCACAAGUUCAAUUUUACUGUAAACCAUUUGUGAAAAUUUGAUUAUUAUUGCAAUCAGGUGAACCUCACUAUGGGGCAAGCCCUUGUUUAGAGGUCGUCCCUAUCUUGGAGUUCAAACACUACUGAAUUAGCACAGGGUUGAAAGAAGUGUUCCUAGUGUCCUCUUAGUGAGGUCCCUGUCUCUGACAGUCCCUUAUCGGAGAUUCUACUGUGCAUACCUUUCUAUUGUGAGUGGAUGAAGCUUUCUUUCAGGUCGAAGAGCAAGAGCUUGUCUCAGUUGCUGCAAGCGAACUACCCCCUCGGCUCCAACCUGUGUAGGAGCUCUUCCAACCUGCUGACUGCCUCACAACCAACGCAAGUGACUGAUGUUGAGGAUCCCAGUACACUGAAUGACCUUGUACUGGACGAGAGCAUGUUUGAACAAAGCAUCCCUGGGACCCCUUCUCAUGACAGGAGCCUAGACACUCACAGUCAUAACAAGAGACGAGUUAUAAAUAAGAAAGGCACACGGACAGGGAGAAGAGCAUCCGAGGGGGCCCUAGUGGUCCCAACCACCAUGACAAAGUCAACAUCUGUCAAGUCAAUUCUGAAAGAGAGUCGAAGUGUCAACGAGAACCUGAACGAACCGGGCAUGAGGGGCAGUAGCGCAGUGAGCGAUGUCUCAUCAGAGGUGACACACUCGGACGACAACUCACUCCACCUCAGAAAGUCCGUCCGUUUCAAUGUGGAGGAAUGGGCAGAGGACUCCGGAGUACAUACGGGGACCUCCACACCCCACUAUACUCCAUACCCCAGCCUCAAACGGCGAGCAAGUGAGCCGGAGACAUUCGGUUCCCAUUACUCCAAUGGGGAGCGACGAGGGAGUGCCCCUGGCGAUUUAGCAAGUCAGACAGAAAUAGACACGGAGGAGGGGGAAGGGGUGAAUGUGGGGGGCGUUGAUGGGGGUGUUGAUGAAGGGAUGGCUGUUAGCAAGCAGUGGGGCCAGCAGGAAAACGACAUUGACUUUGAAAAGGGAAAAGUUGAAAAACGAUUCGAGGGAAUAUUCUCAUCGGAGCAUGAAGUCGACGCAGAAACUCAAAACAAAACCAGAGCACCAAGAACUGACGCAGUUAUGUCGCACAAUAUUGCAAGUCGUGUUGCACAGCUCUAUUCGUCUGCUCAGAAGACACCACGCCCUUCAGUGAGCUUCACUAGGGGUCCUAGCUCCCUGGCCACUUCCUCAUACGACUCGGCCACUAUCUCUGUGGCUGAAGUCAAGAAAAUGCUCCUUGAGAGGAAGGACAGACAAGAUGGAGUGACUGGUGGUGUAGGAAAUGAGGAAGGGAGAAGGCCGGGUGUUUCAAAGCUGCCCCAAGAGCGAGUCAAAGUAUUUCGAACACCAACCGAGAGACUCAGGACUGCAUCUCUAGAUAGAGCACAGUUACGAAGGGGAAAACCCCUUAAUAUCGGGGCGUAUCAAGCAUUGAGAGAGGGUCUUAGGCCAAUGAAAGAAAAAGUCAGUACAGAAAAGGUAACACCACCAAAAUAUAUGCCAAAACAAGAGAAAAAGAAGGAAAGUAAGGCUACGAGCAGUAAUCCAGGUUCGGGACCUGCUCCGGCUCCUGUUGCUAUACCAGUAUUCUCCGGUCACUCAAACCUGUCCAACUGGGUCCCAGCCUGUCUGCGAGAGACAGUCAUAUCUCCCUAUCACUCCUAUGAUGACGACGACAAUGAGCCGGGAAUCACCGAAGAAGAAGAGGGAGAGAGUGACAGUUCGGACGACCGGGACAUAAUCAUGAUGGAACCAUUGGAACCAACUGUCGGCACACCUCUCACUAGCACAGGAUCUAUACCCGCAUUUGGGGGCGUGGCUACUAUGACUCCCAUCGGUAGGAGUUGGUUGAGUUCACCAAACAGAACUUUUGGUAGCUCACGAAUAGCACUGCCGACAAAGCCCAUCAUUCCGGGGGGAAAGGAUAUAUCCCCAUUUAAUGAAUCGAUGCACCUUCAACGCGGAGGACACCUGUUAGGAGCAAUCAAAAGGCUCUCUGUGAUUCCUGAGGAAACCACCUCGGCUUGCAGUAGUGUGACUAGUAUGUAUACAGAACAGUAGUAGCUAAUUAAUUUCUGUCUGUUGUGAGUAUAGAAUUUCCCAAUCUGUAAAGGACGUUUUCCGCGUUGAAAACCCGUUG